UCGUACGUCGUACUUAUACGACGACGUUUCAUCUUACUUCAUCCAUAAUUUCCCACACUAACGAACCUAACCAUAUACUAAGCGUGGAGCAUUUUGGGAGGGGGGAGAAUGCAUGCCGCCGGCGCUCCUCCGGUUACGGUGUUGCCGUCGACGUGGCCAGCUUAUUCAGCGCCACGUGUAGGCACGAGAUAUUUGAGUAUUCGAGCUUGGACUUCAUUAUCCAAUGACAGUGAGAACCACCAUUACAGUAGAAGGUCUCAACAGUACUGGGAUAAGUUCUACAAGCUCCACAAAAACAAGUUUUUCAAGGACCGGCACUACUUGGAAAAGGAUUGGAGAAGUUAUUUUGAUGAUGAAAUUGAAUCUUCCCAUGUGAAGGUUGUUUUAGAGGUGGGCUGUGGAGCGGGGAAUACGAUUUUUCCUCUCAUAGCUACGUUUCCCAAUCUCUAUGUUCACGCUUGUGAUUUCUCACCCCAGGCAAUAACCCUUGUUAAGUCACAUGCAAAUUUCAGUGCGGAAAAGAUGAACGUCUUUGUCUGUGAUGCCGCAAAGGAUGAUCUCUGUGUUAACGUCAUGCCUUCUACUGUUGAUAUUGUAACCUUGAUUUUUACAUUGUCUGCAGUUUCUCCUGGGAAGAUGGCUUCCAUUCUAGAAAACUGUAAAAAAGUACUAAAGCCAAAUGGUCACAUUCUUUUACGAGAUUAUGCAGUUGGAGAUUCUGCUCAGGUGAAAUUGCAUGACAGAAACCAGAUGAUUCGUGAGAAUUUUUAUUUUCGAGGAGAUGGAACUGUAAGUAUUCUCUGGAGGUUGUUUGUUUAUCUGUGUUUCCCUGCUGUUAUAUUAACUUCAGCUAAAUCGCUGCCAUUAUUGGCUCAGUGUUCAUUUUACUUUUCGGAGGCUUUCGUAUCAACCUUGUUUCAGAGUGUUGGUUUUGUAGUCGUGGAUAUAAACACAUAUUGCAAAGAAAUUACGAAUCAUUCUCGGAAUAUUACCAUGCAACGGCGCUGGAUACGUGCCACAUUUGGUCGUUCAUGAUUGCAAAUUCCUUUCUCCUCUUUCAUCGUGGAUUCAAAGUCGGUAAUCCAAAAUUUAACAUGCCAUCAUCUAGCUGUUAGACAUGGUUUGUGCUGCGGUUUGUAUGUUAGAGCAGCCAUUACUGAUGAGGCCUGUGAGGCAGGAGGAUAUACUCGACAAGCUAGCACCUGAAGUCGAGAUGCAGUUGAAAAAUUGAGUAUUUGAAGCUGGAAUUGAAGUGUUAAAAGCUACAAUACAGUUUCCUGUGCCUAAGGUGCUCGAUUUUGAUUUUGUGAUGAUGCACUACACUCUUUCCAUUCUAGUUCUCUUUCUGUAAGUUAAUUGGAAGGCCUCAAUAAAGGGGGAAGGAAAAAAAGAAAGCAAGACAAAAAGGGAUACAAUUCAGUGAAAUACCAUUUCAAGAUUCUUCAACGUCUCUA